UGAGGCAGACUUUUCCAGAUUGGGCAGCCAGCUUUGGAAAUUCCCAUAUAGGUGGCGCUGUUGCAGCAACAAAUUUUCCUUUCAGAAUACGAGAAUGAAAACUUGGAGGCAGAGAAACAUGAUUGCAGCUGUUCUGCUGCUGUGUGCUGUUGGAGCACUCUGCUCUGACGACAUGGAGACUCCAGCCUGUGGAUCCAGUCAUGAGGCAGCAUGUUUGCUACCAGCUGAUUAUCUGAAUCCGUCUGGUCCCAUCACCAAAGAGUUGGUGGUGGGUAUGAAACUCAUCAUCUCCGUGGAAUUCCUCUCUGGAUCUCCUGUCUGCCACUGGAUCAGAGGAGAAGACCGAGUAAUGACAGCCAUCAAUGGGAGUCAGUCCAUGGUCACAUCACCGCUUUCUGAGACAGAUUCAGGGGAGUACACUCUGACCUGUGAAUCUAACAAUGUCACCAUGUUCUCCACGACUGUGAAACUUCAUGUAGUAAUGAAACGUCCAACAAAACCACAGCUGAUGCUCGAUGGUGUUGAUGUCUCAGAUACCAAUCCCCUUUUUAAGUGUGUCUCUGAGGGUUUCCCCAAACCCACAAUUACCUGGUCUGGUAACAAGGAUGGACAAAUGAGUUUUAAGAGAGGCGAUGGAAAGACAGAGAGCGCAAUAUCAAGCACUGAGUAUUAUGAUAGAGGAAUGAUGUGCUGUGCAACCAAUGCUGAAGGACAAGAGUGCUCCCAACUGUAUGACUACGACUUACAGAGCAGUGUAAUGAACAAAGAUGAGGUAUCUACUGUCACCCUGAGCAAAAAUCAGUCUCUGCUGCUUCGCUGCAGAGUAACAGGAUACGGUCUGAGAUCACCUGUGUGGGAGAAAGAAGGAAAACAGCUCAAUGCCAGGACAUUAUCAUGUAAACCAGAGAAGGAGGAGGAGCUGUGCAUUAAAAAUGACUCACAUUACGCUGUUCGGAUGGCCUACCUGUCCAUCAGAUCAGUGAGAGAGGAGCACAGCGGCACAUACACCUGCACGAGUCCAAAUAAAAACUCAACGUCUGUUCAUGUUCAUGUCUCAGAUGAAGGUUUCCUCUCUGCACAGCUGGAUGAGACCAAGAUCAUAUCAGCUCAGGAGGCAUCCAGCACCUGCUUGCAGGCCACUGUUUCCUACCAUCCUGUUCUCCAGCACUGUUCCUGGGAGACUCCUGACAAAAACAGGACUAAAUGUGUCAGGGACACAUGGGUAACACAGCACAGGACUGUGAAGCUUUGUGAUCCACUCAUAUCAGGAGAUUAUAAGUUACACCUGGAGGCUGGAGAACAACAGGAAACAAAGACCAUAUCAGUGUGUGUUGUAGAUGAACCAAAGUUCACCUUCGUGUAUAAUAAGGAUGAUGGUACCCUCAACCUUGAGACUGCCAGUCUGUUGCCAGCAAACUAUACCUGGGUGAUUUGCUCUAAGUUCAAUGACAGCUGCAGUGAAACGGACUCAUCCUGGGAUGAGGACCCAAAUACCUCUGGAACAGUCUCUAAUUUUUCCUGCAACAAGCUGAUAAAGAGCUCAGUGAGCAAAGACGUGUUAAAAGGAGACCAAUUCAGGUUUUGUCUGACAAACUCAGUUGGCUCCUGGUGCAAAACCCAUUACAUGAUUAUCCCACCUACACCUCAGCCCUCUAUUGGUAAGCCACCCGAGUAUAACUCCUUCCUGCUGAAAGUAUGCAGUUUGCUUCUGCUUCUGGCUUGGCUGUAGCCAGUGAAGUGCUCAUGUACCUCAUCAAAAAUAGGGAAUAUAUAUUUU